AUGUGGGUUGAUUCAUCAGAAAGCCUGGGGACCAACAAAAAAUUUUCAGUCUCGGUGCGCAGGAGAAGAGUGCGUUGUGGGCUCUGGGCUCCAAGCUUUAAGGAGCUGUUCCCUCUGCAGACCAGGUAUUUCUGUACAAUACCUGACAGUAGUCCAACAACACAGACCAUGGACUGCAAUUAUAAUAUUGAAGAGGGCAGUGACAUGUCAUAUGAAGUCAGUGACUUUGCCCUGCGCUCACCUCUACAAAUGCCUUCACCUGUGAUCGCUGGUGACUACGAUGAAGAGGAGGAUGACCGUAUGAAGAAUGUUAUCAUACCAUUUGAUUCUGAUGCUUACCUUAAUGCAAACACCAAUGCCACCACUCGAGGGGAUGCACAGUCCUAUGUGGAGCUGAGUGAGCUGCAGGGGAACAGCUGGCAGGAGACGGCUCGAUGGGUCGGCUUUGAGGAGAACCUGAAUCCAGCCACCGGCGUAUGGAGCGACUCCCAUGUCUCCUACCUCACCUUCAAGAGCCUCAUCCAGCUCAGAAAGGCAAUGAGCACAGGUGCCUUCAUCUUUGACCUGGAUGCCAGCAGUCUAUCCACAGUGUCUGAGAAGAUAGUGGACGAGCUCCUGAACAAAAAUGAGAUCCGGGCUGUUGAUCGAGAGGCUCUGCUCAGGGCUCUGCUGAUGAGGCGCAGUCAGAUGGAGGCCCCUGCUGUGACUGAGGGUGGGGCCAUUCAACUGCAGACUUUUUCUGUCUCUCAAAAGAGAGACGGCUCUGAAAGCAUGGAAGCCUCUGUUGUCCUCUCAGGUGUUGUGGAGAACUUACAAAAGCCGGCAGUGGCUUUCGUCCGUCUCAGGGACUCUGUGGUGAUGCCGUCCACUCUGGAGUCUCCUGUCCCAGUCCGAUUUGUCUUUGUCCUGGUCGGACCCAGCACUAGCGGCCUGGACUACAGCCAGACCGGGAGAGCCAUGGGUGCACUCAUGGCCGACUGGGUUUUCUGCCUCGAGGCUUUCUUGGCUCAGACGGACAAAGACGUAACAGAUGCUAUCGCAGAUUUUAUGGACUGCAGCAUUGUGCUUCCUCCCACUGAGAUCCAGGACCAGAAAAUGCUUGAACCGAUUAUCAAGUUCCAGAGCAAAAUGCUGCGUGACCGUCUGCGCCCAAUAGACAACCGCCUGGCGUUUGGAGACAGACUCACAGGUGGCAAGGCCCCGGAGCCCCCGCGGGAGGACCCUCUGGCCCGGACAGGAUACCCCUUCGGUGGGAUGAUCAGGGACAUAAAGCGCCGCUAUCGUCACUACAUCAGCGACUACGUGGAUGGACUCAACCCCCAAGUGCUCGCUGCCAUCAUCUUCAUCUACUUCGCCGCUCUGUCCCCAGCCAUCACCUUCGGAGGACUUCUGUCUGAUAAAACUGACAAGUGGAUGGGUGUGUCAGAGCUCAUGGUCUCCACCUGUAUCCAAGGAAUCAUCUUCUGCAUCUUUGCCGCUCAGCCUGUUCUCGUCAUUGGAUUCUCAGGACCACUGCUUUUGUUUGAAGAGGCCUUUUAUAUGUUCUGCAAGGCCAGUGACAUGGAAUACAUCGUGGGGCGUAUCUGGGUGGGCAUGUGGCUCAUCGUCAUAGUGAUCCUCGUCGUGGCGGUGGAGGGCAGUUUCAUGGUCAAAUUCCUCUCACGCUUCACUCAAGAAAUCUUCUCCAUCCUCAUCUCACUCAUCUUCAUCUACGAGACGUUCUCUAAGCUCGGCAAGAUUUUCAAAGCCCACCCUCUGAUCCUGAACUACGAUGCCUUGAAUGCCUCGUCAGAAACCCCGUUCCAUCCACUCGUCAAGGUUGUGAGGGGCCACAACCUUGACGGAAACAUAACCAUCACCCAGGAAGACAAAGCUUUCCCCAACACCGCACUGCUGUCCAUGUGCCUCAUGUUGGGAUGCUUCUUCAUCGCCUACGCCCUCCGUAUCUUCAAGAACGGGCCCUACCUCCCUGGACCUCUUCGUCGUUUGAUUGGUGACUUUGGUGUGCCUAUCGCCAUCUUCCUCAUGGUUUUUGUGGAUAUGAGCAUCGACGAUGCUUACACGCAGAAACUGGUGGUGCCCAAAGGUGUGGAGGUGACCAACCCCAGUGCGAGAGGCUGGUUCAUAAACCCCAUGGGAGAGAAGAAGCCGUUCCCGAUCUGGAUGAUGGGAGCGAGCUGCGUCCCGGCGCUGCUCGUCUUCAUCCUCAUCUUCCUCGAGUCGCAGAUUACAACUUUGAUUGUGAGCAAACCUGAGAGGAAGAUGAUAAAGGGCUCUGGUUUCCACUUUGACCUGCUCUUGCUGGUCGUCAUGGGGGGCAUCUCCUCUGUCUUCGGGGUCCCCUGGCUGAGCGCUGCCACCGUCCGCUCCGUGACCCACGCCAACGCACUCACGGUCAUGUCCAAGGGCCCUAAGCCUGAGAUCGAAAAGGUGGUGGAGCAGCGCAUCAGUGGCAUUGCUGUGGCCAUGCUGGUUGGUGUUUCGAUUUACAUGGAGCCUCUCCUGAAGUUGAUUCCUAUGACGGCUCUGUUCGGGAUCUUUCUUUACAUGGGAAUCACGUCUCUGAGUGGAGUCCAGAUGUGGGACCGGAUUCUUCUGCUCAUUACACCAAAAAAGUACCACCCCGACAACGCCUACGCCACCAGGGUGGCCACAUCACGCAUGCACCUCUUCACACUCAUUCAGAUCAUCUGUUUAGCCGCUCUGUGGGUGGUGAAGAUGAGCAGCUUCUCUCUGGCUCUGCCUUUUGUGCUGCUGCUCACGAUCCCUCUGCGGAUGUUCAUGACCGGCUCCGUCUUCACCGAGCUCGAGAUGAAAUGCUUGGACGCUGAUGACGCCAAAGUGAAGUUUGAGGAAGAUAUUGGAGAGGAUGUUUACUACGAGGCUCCUCUGCCAUAA